AUGCUCAGUGCAAAAAUGAAACCAGUUUUUGUCAGGGAUCAUUCCACAGGUCUCACUGCGCAUCGUGGCCGCCGUUACUGCCGAGGAACAGGGAAAAGCGGCAAAGUGUAUUUCUCGCUUUGCACCUCGAUCUUUCCACCACCGUCUCGAAAACUCGACCGUGAACCCCAAACUUGGGUUGUAACGUUAGCAACAAAAGCUGUGACCAAAAGUCUCGUUAAGCAACUGAGAAUUUACCGCGAAAUUACUGCCGCUUGGCAGUUUCACGAAGCAGCAACUGCAUAUGCAAUUCCUGCAGAUUACAAGUAG